AUGCGGAUAAAGGCUCCAGGCUCGUCUGCGUUUUUCACGCACAGUCCUCUCAAAAUCAUCGACGACAUCAUGGCCGACGACAAUGAACCUAGAAACUUGAAAGGCAAGAAGCUGGAAUAUGAGUCGCUGAGGAUACCAGACUCACCUGGCUUGCCAGAAGCACUCAGAGAUCCGGACAUUCCUGCCCAUACCCGACUAAUGAACCUACAAGAAUGGCGUAAGAAGAGACAUAACCAAAAAUGUCCAGUGAUCAACCCGCUAACAUUGAUUCCAAACAGACUGAUCAAGAAUGCCAGAUCGAAGGAAGAGCUAUAUGGACAAACUCGUUCGAAUUUCGCACUCCGUCUACCGAACUGGGCCAUGAAAGAAGACCCAGAAGCGACCGAGGAGCUUUUCGAGGUCGUCAAGCCCUUCGCACUGGUCAUGAGGCUAGAUCACAUGAAGGAUCCUGACUGGUAUAAGUGCAUACCUCCUGCAGCGAGAGACAAAGUCGAUCAGCUUUGCGUUGUUGCGACUACUAACGACGAGCCAAAGGACUUUCUGCGGGUUCUGCCGACGUCUCGAGCAUUCGGUAAGCUCCAAUGCAUCGAGCUAUUGAACCUGCCAAGAUUGAUCAGUCAUGGCCGUGGAGGAAUUCGCUACUCGCAUGCCAAUGCUGUUCUGUACGGCAUGAGACCCGAGGUUCGUUUGUUCACCAGAUGGGCCUAUGCUGACGAUAGCGACAGCAGAUUGAAGACCCCAGACAGCCUUGUUGGUCCUGUCAAAGAACUCGUGAUCGAGUCAACGGCAGCGGGAGAAGAGAGACCAAAGUGGUACGACGCGUCUUACUCAUGGUCAGACGUGACGUGGCAGAAAUACGCCAGAACGGUCCUGUAUCCCUGGCUGCUGCCGAAGAGCGAAAGAAAGUCUGGUCGUAGGAUACUGGCAGAAAUGAUGAGGAAAGAGAAAGAGAACAAAAGAGCUGCGGUCUAG